UAACUUUUGGGCCGAAACCCGGGGUUUUAAAGUUUUACACGUUGCUUUUGUUUAGCAUCAAAACGUGGCGGCAGCAUCAUGUUCCAACACGACGCCGUAUUCGUCUUUCCAAUUCACUCUUCUCUUUUAAAUCCCUUCAGAGUAACCAAAGGCUAGGUUUUUGUUUUGUCCCACACUUUCCUCUCCGCUUUACAAUUACCAAAGAAACAGAGCAACAAUGGCGAAAACCAGCCUGAGCCGUCUAUUCGCGUCACUCUCGGAGCACUCCAUAACCAAGCCGUCUUUCACUGGUUCGAGAUCAGAUUCGGUGACUCGUUCAGCUUAUAACUCUGUGACUCGCUUCGUAUGUUCCUCUGCUCAGGAAACUCAGUUGAUCCGUGAAGAAAGAUCCAACGAGGGAGAUCGAGAAGCUGCGAAAGAGAAUCUCGAAUCUGUGAAUAAAGAAGAAGAUGAAGGUGAAGAUGGCGAUCACGUGAAUAAAGAGACGGGGGAAGUGGGCGGGCCUAAAGGCCCGGAACCCACUCGCUACGGUGAUUGGGAACGGAAUGGUCGCUGCUCCGACUUUUGAAUUUUUUUUUAAUUAUUAUGAAUGUAAAACUAAAUUGAAUCAGCGAUUUUUAAUUUCCCGGAGAAAGAAAAAAAAUUGUUGGAAUAAUGAUAAAUAAUUUUUUUGUUAAAAUUUCGCUAUUAGUCCCUGUUAUUUAUGAAAGUUCAAUUUGAUACUUUUAAUCAAA